GCGCUUUGUUACCCGGAGUAGUCUAAGUUUAUCGCUAUGCGCGCAUAAUCUCCAUUCAUAUAACAUGUCUUCAAGGAACAGUUCUCCAGUUUCUUAGUCGUCAACACCUUUCACAAACCACAACAUAUCUACACGAUGGCUUCCAAGGGCGAAGACUGCGAUUGCCCAACCCAGGCUCUAUGGACAUUCCCAGCGCCGGGCGACAAAUCUCUGAUGCCUGACAAGAACCCUCAGAGCUCUAGCUUCUUGGUCGAGCAAUACCUUGAAACAUCAGCUCAUCAUCCGCCUACUUCAGGCUUUGGUGCUACUCCCCUAUUCGUAAACGACGUCGUCGAGCUGACAUGGCCCGGGGAUUUUGAUGUUCCUUUUGCGUUGCAUCGAAAUCUCUACUGCAAACCCUGCCAGCAGAAAAUUGGGGAUCAGAGUAGUCAGGAACAGUUUGACUGGGAGUCUUGUUACGAGAGGCCGAACCAUGGGGGAAUAUGGUCUACAAGUUUCGACGUGAUGGGAUCGGGUAUGGUCAAAGUUCCAGUCAAAUUUGAUUUCACUGCGGAAACGGAUACGAUGGUCUGCGCGUUUGGGUUCCCUGGCACGAUGGAAGGCGGUCUUUCGCAAGCGUUUCCCGUCAUCAACAAGACGCCACCACAAGACAGAGGGAGGCGCGCUUUCACGUCUGACGCUCCUCAGGGGUUACCAUAUGAAGAUGACCAGGCGAAGCCAUCGAGCUUGUACAUGGUUGGUGGCAUGGUUGUCCUUGGGCUUUGUAUGGUCUUCUUUGCUCGAGUCCUCUGGCAAAGGAGGAAGCAAAGGAAAGCGCUGCAAACCCUCCAGGUUGGCACUGAACAAGGUGGUCUUGUAGACGGGGCAAAGACUACAAGAUACACCGACGACUUGUAAGAUGUUACAUGCUCGAGCUAGUUGGUCCGCCUGCGGGACACAGCCUUAGCGAUGAUAGUGAUGCACGGCAAUACAACUGUUUGGAUAUGCAGCUAUGGCGUGCAGUACAGUGUGCAACUGACGUGGCUGAUGACAAGCCGUGCGCUUUUGGCAAAAUGACUGUGAUGAGAGAAGCAAAAA